AUGGGGGUCGCGGGCCGCGGCUGCCCUAGGGCUGCCCCGGCGCUGCUGCUGCCGCUGCUGCUGACGGCGGCCGUCCCGCCCGACCGGGGCCGCGCCGCGGGGCCGCCGGAGGACAUGGACGAGUGUGCCCAGGGGCUAGAUGACUGCCACAUCAAUGCCCUGUGUGAGAACACACCCACCUCCUACAAGUGCACCUGCAGGCCUGGCUACCAAGGGGAGGGCAGGCAGUGUGAGGAUAUUGAUGAAUGUGGAAAUGAGCUCAAUGGAGGCUGUGUCCAUGACUGUCUGAAUAUUCCUGGCAAUUAUCGCUGCAUUUGUUUCGAUGGCUUCAUGUUGGCUCAUGAUGGUCAUAAUUGUCUCGACGUGGACGAGUGCCUGGAGAACAAUGGUGGCUGCCAGCACACCUGCGUCAACGUCAUGGGGAGCUACGAGUGCCGCUGCAAGGAGGGCUUUUUCCUGAGUGACAAUCAGCACACGUGCAUUCACCGCUCAGAAGAGGGUCUGAGCUGCAUGAAUAAGAAUCACGGCUGUAGUCACAUCUGCAAGGAGGCUCCGAAGGGCAGUGUUGCCUGCGAGUGCAGGCCAGGCUUUGAGCUGGCCAAGAACCAGAGAGACUGCAUCUUGACCUGUAACCAUGGAAACGGUGGAUGCCAGCACUCCUGUGAGGACACUGCUGAAGGCCCAGAGUGUAGCUGCCAUCCUCAGUACAAGAUGCACUUGGAUGGGAGGAGCUGCCUCGAGCGAGAGGACAUUGCCCUGGAGGUGACGGAGAGCAACGCCACAUCCGUGGCAGAUGGGGAUAAACGGGUGAAACGGCGGCUGCUCAUGGAAACAUGUGCUGUCAACAAUGGAGGCUGUGACCGCACCUGCAAGGAUACUUCGACAGGGGUUCAUUGCAGUUGUCCCGUCGGCUUCACACUCCAGAUGGAUGGAAAGACCUGUAAAGAUAUUGAUGAGUGCCAGACGCGCAAUGGAGGGUGUGAUCAUUUCUGCAGAAACACCGUGGGCAGUUUUGACUGCAGCUGCAAAAAGGGAUUUAAAUUAUUAACAGAUGAGAAGUCUUGCCAAGAUGUGGAUGAAUGCUCUCUGGAUAGGACCUGUGACCACAGCUGCAUCAACCACCUGGGCACCUUCACGUGUGCUUGCAACGAAGGGUACACCCUCUAUGGCUUUACCCACUGCGGAGACACCAACGAGUGCAGCGUCAACAACGGAGGCUGUCAGCAGGUCUGUGUGAACACUGUGGGCAGCCAUGAAUGCCAGUGCCACUCUGGGUACAAGCUCCACUGGAAUAAAAAGGACUGUGUGGAAGUGAAGGGGGGCCUGCCCACUAGCCUGUCACCCCACGUGUCCCUGCAGUGCGGUAAGAGUGGUGGAGGAGACAGGUGCUUCCUCAGAUGUCACUCUGGCAUUCACCUCUCUCCAGGACUGCAAGAGGCCUAUUCUGUCACCUGCGGCUCUUCCUCUCCUCUCGGGAACAAACAGCAAAAAUCAAAUGACUCCGCUUUCGGGGAUGUCGCCACCGUCAGGACAAGUGUAACCUUUAAGCUAAAUGAAGGCAAAUGUAGUUUGAAAAAGGCUGAACUGUUUCCUGAGGGUCUGCGACCAGUCCUCCCAGAGAAGCACAGCUCAGUAAAAGAGAGCUUCCGCUACGCAAACCUUACAUGCAGCUCUGGCAAGCAAGUCCCAGGAGGCCCUGGCCGACCGAGCGCCCCUAAGGAAAUGUUUAUCACUGUUGAGUUUGAGCUUGAAACUAACCAAAAGGAGGUGACAGCGUCUUGUGAUCUCAGUUGCAUUGUAAAACGAACAGAGAAGCGGCUCCGGAAGGCCAUCCGCACGCUCCGGAAGGCUGCCCACAGGGAGCAGCUGCACCUCCAGCUCUCAGGCGUGAACCUCGAAGUGGCUCAAAAGUCUCCCCAAACAUCUGAACGCCAGAUAGAGGCCUGUGCAAUGGGCCAGGACCAUGGAGGAAACCAAUGUGUCAGUUGCAGGGCUGGGACAUAUUAUGACGGAGCACAGGAACGCUGUAUUUUAUGUCCAAAUGGAACCUUCCAAAACGAGGAAGGGCAAAUUAUAUGCGAACCAUGUCCAAGACCAGGAAGUCCUGGGACCCUGAAGACCCCAGAAGCUUGGAAUGUGUCUGAAUGUGGAGGUCUGUGCCAACCUGGUGAAUACUCUGCGGAUGGCUUCACACCCUGCCAGCCCUGUGCCCGGGGCACAUUCCAGCCUGAAGCCGGCCGCACUUCCUGCUUUCCCUGUGGAGGGGGCCUCCCCACCAAACACCCUGGAGCCACUUCCUUUCAGGACUGUGAAACCAGAGUUCAGUGUUCACCUGGACAUUUCUACAACACCACUACUCACCGAUGCAUUCGUUGCCCAGCAGGAACAUACCAGCCAGAAUUUGGAAAAAAUCAUUGUGUUUCCUGCCCAGGAAAUACCACGACUGACUUUGAUGGCUCCACAAACAUAACCCAGUGUAAAAACAGAAGAUGUGGAGGGGAGCUGGGUGAUUUCACCGGAUACAUCGAAUCCCCAAACUACCCAGGCAAUUACCCAGCCAACACAGAAUGCACCUGGACCAUCAAUCCACCCCCUAAGCGCCGCAUCUUGAUUGUGGUCCCUGAGAUCUUCCUGCCCAUAGAGGACGACUGUGGAGACUACCUGGUGAUGCGGAAAACUGCUUCAUCCAAUUCUGUGACAACGUAUGAAACCUGCCAGACCUAUGAACGCCCCAUCGCCUUCACCUCCAGAUCCAAGAGGCUGUGGAUUCAGUUUAAGUCCAAUGAGGGGAACAGCGCCAGAGGGUUCCAGGUCCCAUACGUGACGUACGAUGAGGACUACCAGGAGCUCAUUGAAGACAUAGUUCGAGAUGGCAGGCUUUAUGCAUCUGAGAACCAUCAGGAAAUACUUAAGGAUAAGAAACUGAUUAAGGCUCUGUUUGAUGUCCUGGCCCACCCCCAGAACUAUUUCAAGUACACAGCCCAGGAGUCCCGGGAAAUGUUUCCACGAUCCUUCAUCCGAUUACUCCGUUCCAAAGUGUCCAGGUUUUUGAGGCCUUACAAAUAAGUCUGCCCACGUGCCACUUGACACAGUGUUCAGCCUAUGGGCUGGCAGGACACAGCCAUAUGCUUCUGCAGCCAGCAUAGACGGAUAAUGCUGCCUCUAGUAGCAGUGACUGGUUAGAGUUUAAUUUUUAUAGAUAAUACAGAUAUUUUGGUAAAUUGAACUUGGUUUUUCUUUCCCAGCACUAUAGAUGUGGACAGAGAAUGGGUUUGAGUCUUACCUGCUUCUCAUUGGUGUGGGCAGCUGUCUUGGAUACAUCAGGGGCUGGCUGAGCUGAAUUUCAGUCAGCUUAGGUGAGACUCAUCUGUCCUUCUCGGUCCUCACUCCUCCUUGAGGGGGCUGCCUUGUCUGAAACCUCAGCUUCUUCCAGCAUAGCCCUCCCUAAGGGAGCCCUCUGUACUCAGGUGUUGGCUCUGACCAGGCAGACCAGGAAAGGGGGAAGGAAGGAAAGGGGAGCCCUCCAGACACCGCUCACCUCCGCCCUGCCCAAGACAUGGAAGGACCCAGUUUUCUCCACAGCCUUCUCCAGUCUGUGUGACUUAAAUUUGAUCCCAGAAGCUUGGAUUCCAAGCAGUGAUCACCAAAAAAUACUUAAAGCAGAAAGAAUUAGAAAUAAAAAGGUAGAAACUCAGCACUUCCACAGACAUGUGGACCUGUCGAUGACCUUCCAUCAUCUGAAGGUUGCCAGUUUCCAUCUCGUAGCAAAUGUACUGUGCUUCUCUUACAACUGCAGCUGUGCCUUCAGGGCACUGCUCUUCUGGGCACCAAGGUAGGGCCUGGACAGUUCAGAUCCGACGUGAUCUCCUGAUGAAUGUGACUCCAUCCAUCAUGAAAAGGAUAUUCACACACCCUGAGUCAGUACCGCCAAGGGUACUCCUUCCACCUGGGCUUCCCACCACGGGGCGGUGGAGGCCCAGGUGGGAGGUGGUAUGGCCCAGCCUGUCACGUUUGCCUUCCUUCCCCCGCUCCAAGCUCAGAGCGGUUGGUCUCCGAGGGCAUGAGCUGCACGGCUCAGGGUGGCCUCACUCUCUUAAUGGUCACACCACCGCCAGAAGCAGUUAUGCUAAUCCCAGCCUCUGAGUACCACAGAAUCGUCUCACUUUUAGUCAACACAGUGGGAGCUCACAAUCAUUUUCUCCCACAGGAAUCUGAUUUUUCAAUACUAUUGAAUUUUUAAAAACCAAACUCCACAGGCAAAAAUCUUAUUACAGUGAAUAAAAAAAUUCUAUCACACAAGCUGCCAUUUCCCUAAUGAAAGGGUUGCCUACAGGCAACCACAGUGUUUUAUUUCAGUAACAAACUAACUCCACACACAAUCAGUUCUCUACACCAAAGUACCAAAAAAAUGAUCAACAAAUAUUUCUGAAGAAAAUGAAGGUUAUUUCAUUAUUGAAUUAACUUUUUACCUCAGUGAUUUUUUUAACCUAUAAGCAAUAUUGAUUUUUUAAAAGCCCUUAGCCAAAGUUUUUUAAUUUAUCUGAAUGGUCCUAAAUACCCUUUUCUAAGUCUCUCGUGAAAAACUUGAAUAUCUUCACUUUUAAAGGUAUCAUUAAUACAAGUCCUUGGAAUUUAUAAUGCUGGAACUUGGCCUACAUUUCUGAGUCUGACUAUAAGAUGAAAAUUCAGAUGUAAUAUAACAUGAGUUAGUGACCUGACCGAUGGGGUGAGCUGAACUGCACCAUUCUGUCCAAGCAUGUUAGUAACUAUAUGCUCAGGACUAUCUGGUUCUGUACUGCUGAUUUCAUAAGAAGGCAGCUGAUGGCAGUACCUGGGGGUUGGAAGGAGGCUGCAUGAACCUGGUCUCUGUGAAACAUCCUCCAGGAGCUGGGCCAUGCACGAGCCACUGAGGCCCUCAUGCAACUUCCUGUCUAUACCCAUCAACCACUCUGAGAGACUCUGUGGUCCUGUUGGAAGGCUGGUGGGCGGGGGCUACUCAUACUAUCUGCUAAAUCAAUAAAUAGUUAACUAAUAUCACCUCUUUGCCUUAGGGUUGCACAGUGACAAGACAAGGUCUUGUCAUUUUAGAGCUUACCAUUUAGAAGGAGGAGACAAUGAACAAAUCAACAUGAAAAGUAUCAGCUUGUAGUAAGUGCUAUGUUAAAAAUUAAAAUAGGUUAAUAUAACAGAUGAUGGUGUGGCUGUUUUAGGUUUGGGAAUCGUGAGGGUCCUUCUGGGUAAAUGAUAUUUCAACUGAAAAAAAUGGCAAGAAUCAGCCGUGGGCUGAUCACGUGGAGGAACAUUCCAGAGAGAGGAAAGUCAGGUGCAAAGGCUAUCCAGGCAGGAAUAAACACAUGUGUGGAUCACAGACUAGUGAGAAGUCAAGAGGUAUGAGAUGAGGCUGGGAAACUGGAUAGGGCCAGAACACACUGGGCUUUGGAAUCCAGAAUGAGGGGUGUGGGUUUAAUUCUAAAUAUGUUGUGAAACUUUUGGAAGGGGUUUAAACAGAAAAGUGGGGUGAUCUGAUUGAUGUUUUUAAAAGAGAGCUCUGGUUACUAUAUGAAGAAUAGGUUUUAGAAAGCAGACACGGAGGCAGAGAGCAGUUAACAAAUUAUUGCCACCAACCAAGCAGCCAUCCAGUGAGAGGUGAGGCUGGCUGGGCUAAGGCAGUCAUAGUGGAGAGGAUAGAACAGAAGGAUUGUGGACAUGUUUUGGGAGAGAGUCCCCAGAACUUCCAGAUGAUUGGAUGGACGGGAAAGGGAAAGAUAGCAACUGAAGGUGAAUUCUAGUUGCCCAAAUAACUGGUAGAUGAAGAUUGCAGAAGGAGCAGGUUUGGGACAUGUGACAGUUCAAAAACUUGUCUACAAAUUCUCUGAUGCUUCUUCCAUGGAAAGUUGAGGGUCUUUUAACCCCUCCCCUUGAAUCUGGGAUCUGUGACUGAUGAACCAAUACUCUAUGGCAGAAGUAACAUUUUACCAGUUUCUGGACCUGGGACUUAAGAUACUGGCAAUCUCUACUUCCUCUCCUUGGGAAACUUACUGGGCCCUCAGUCACUGUGCCUUGAGAAAGCCAUAGCAGCUGGUGAAGAGGACCGCACCCCCCCCCCCCCCCCGCCCCCAUAGCCUAGCUGACUCUCAGGUGACAGCUAGCAAACCUUGUCAGCUAGGGGAAUGAGCCACCUUAGAAAUGGAUUCUCCAGCUGAUGCUUUGCUGGGCAGUUCCCACUGAACCAUACCCAAAUGACAGGUUUGUGAGCAAAAUCAAUGAUCAUUACUAAGUCAUAGUGAUUUAUUAUGCAAUACAAUGCUGGAAAAGAAGAGAAGGUCAAGAAUUCAAUUUCCACCAUUCUGAGUAUGAGAUGUCUAUCAGGUAACCAAAUAAAGAGUUCAAAUAGGCACCUGGUUCUGCGAAGUCCCAGGAGAGCUUGGGGCUGGAAUAUGAAUUUUGAUGUCACAGGACAAAGGAUAAGACAGAUUGAGGUCACCUGGGGAAAGUAUGUAGAUAAGACAAGGCAACUGUGAAUUCUGGGGGUCCCUGUGUGGACACAGGGACAGAACUUACAGGAGCCAUUGAUUAAGUCAACAGGAAGAGGUCAGAGCUGAGCUCCACCUUCUCAGAACUGAGUGGCAGAAGAGUCUGAACGCGUCCUUCCCUCCAGCUGUGGAUACUGUUCUUGAGCCAUUUACUGAAGUGCUGCUUUUGUGGCUGCAGCCACGUUCCCCUUGAGUUUCCAGUGCUAAUAAAAGAGUGCUUGCCGCUUCACACAAACAGAUGAUCAUCUUCGCUUUGGAAAAUUGCUUCCUCUGAAUCACCCUCACAGCUAUUAAGUGUGUUGUCUGUAGGCACUCACUGGAUUUAGGUUUGCAGGUGAUUUUAUAGUUGUCAUGUGGAAACUUGGGAAAGGCAGCAGCUGUCCAGCACGAAGACUUGUGGAUCUUUGCAGGAAGAUGAGCCAGGGCUGGCUGCCUGCUGCCCUCCACUGCAGACUCCUGCAGCCUGCUGGGAGACAGGGGGCUCCCACACCCAGCCCAGCCUCCAUCACCUCCUCAGCUCAGGAGACAUGCCUCUGACUGGGGCUGUCAGUAUCUCCGCUUCCUUUCACACAGCAGGAUGGAUGCUGGGAGCCUUACCCGUCUGCAUCACUCUUGGUCAGUGUUUGGGAGGCAUGUGGAUUGGGUGGGGGUCGAGUAAAGUAGUUCCUUACCAAGUCAAGAGAACCUUGUCACCUGGGGCCUUCUUUCAGGCAAGGCAUCAACUGACUCUGAACCCAGGUCCUGGGCAUGGCCAGUAGCAGCCCAUCCAGAAGAAAUUAGAAGUCGUGGUAUUGCUUUUUCUCUGUGUCAUCUUCUACUCCAGGGGCUUGUGAACCCAGCUCAGGGGUGUCCUGGGUAUUUGUGGUACUCUGCUUCCUUCUCCCUUGAGGCAGUCCUGAUUGGCCUACAGGAGACCAACCUCAGGGCCCUGAUAGCCCAACAAGGCUGCCUCUAUGAUUGACAGCUACAAAGACAUAACUACCUAGAAGGGAUCACUUUCCAGAGAACACAGUAGGAUUGAUAUAGAUUUAGAAAGUGAAACCACUCUAAUUCACAAGCAGGAUGCUCUAGUGGAAUAAAACCUAUCUGCCAUAAACAAUGGUCAUAACUCAUCAUCACUUGAUUUUCAGAGUAGCUCAUUAGUGGAAUGUGCCUACAGACCUUAGUUUCUAAUAAUUCUUUGUUAUGUGUUGGCUCAUUCAUUCGUUUAUACAUGUUUACUGAGGGCUUAAAAAGUAUUAGGUAUUGAGAAGCUGGUGAUACUGUAGUGGGCAAGAUGUUCUUGUGAAGUUUAGAUUCUAGUUGGGGGAAACAGAAAAUAUGCAUAUAGUAAAGUCAAGGGUGAUAACUGUUGUAGAGAAAGUUUAAAAGAGUUGAACAUGUAGAGAAUGAGGAGGUGGUGGGAGGGAGUUUCUACUUUAGAUAGGAUGAGCUCAUCAUUGGAAUCGUCAAUCCAGUUCCCUCCCAGGGCACUGGCUCCUUAAACCAAGCUGGCAGCAGUGGCCCUGGCAAGUUCGUCUACCUACCCAGCAGGAGCUUGACAGUUGGUCUCAGGCCAGGCUGACCACAGCUCCAAGUGGUGAACGAGGCGUUUUGCAAUUAGAACAGGCGCCACCUAGUGAUUAUAAAUGGGAUCCACCUGCGUUUCAGUCAUCCCACUGCCUUGAAGCUUAAAUGACAAGGGGGCUUAAAUGCUCAUAAUUCAAGACUAAAUGUUACCAAUGGGAUGCUGGGGGCUAGGGCUGUGGAUUGAUAACGGAUUGAUUGCAUGUUGAAUGUGUCUGUUUAGAUCAUUUCCUUCUCUCUGUCUGUCCCAAUGAUUAAUGACUAGGUAAGAAGUUAUUGAUCUUUGUGUGUGUGCGUGUGUGCAUGUGUGUGUGCUCAGUCACUUAGUCAUGUCCGACUCUCUGUGAUCCUAUGGACAGUAGCUCACCAGGCUCCUCUGUCCAUGGAAUGUUCCAGGCAAGAAUACUGGAGUGUGUUGUCAUCUCCUCCUCCAGGGGAACUUCCCAACCCAGGGAUCAAACCCACAUCUCCUGCAUCUCUUGCAUUGGCAAGUGGAUUCUUUACCACUGAGCCACCUGGAAAGCCCACAUUGAUCUUCAGGUCCUUUCAAACUAUCAACAAUGCUCUGAAUCAUGUCCAUGUCCAAAGACACACAUACUGCAUUCAUUCAUUCAUUGUUAUGGUUGGAUACAUAUUCCUGAGACAGGAGGAAGAAGGACUAGAAAGAAUGAGGGGGAACAAUUAUUCACAAAUUGUAAUCUUGUGUAAUAUUCACUGCAUGUCCUUUCAACAGCUACCACUCUCCACUGACUUGGACUUUCCUCUGAUCCUACAUUCUUUUUAGAAAAGUUUUGUUUGCUUAUUUGCUUUUAUUAUUAUUAUUUUAUUAUUUUUUUGGCCACACCACAUGACUUUGGGAUCUAAGUUUCCCAUCCAGGGAUGGAAACCAGGUCCAUGGCAGUGAAAGCCUGAGUCUUAACCACUGAACCACCAGUGGUUCAGUUCAGGGAAUCCCCUGAUCCUAUAUUCUAUCCUAGGGCUGAAGGAUAACUUGGAGGCACAGUGUGGAGUUUUCCAUCUUUCCCUUGUGCAGUGCAAAAAGCAGAAAUACAAACCUAUCUCAGAUCUGAGCUUUGUUGCUGGCUUUGCCUUGUUAUACACACUUUGUGUGAAAUUUUGAAAAAAUUUAAUAGUUUCUGAGCAGGAAAUGGAACCAGUAUCCCAGGGAGGACAGACCCAGCAAUGUGUGACUGACACAGUCACAGCCAGCAGAAGAGUGUGGCGGGAAAGGGUGUGAGGUGGUGGUGAACCCUGGCCGGGCCUGCUGGGCUCAGUCCUCUGCAGCCUCGUGUGUAACUCACUGUGUGUGACCACAAACUGGUCAUCGUUACACAGUGCCAGUGCGGCUGCAGCCAAUGGUGCCUGUCCAUCCACAGCAGGGUGGUAAUGGUGGCAAAGCAAGCAUAUGUGCCCAGAACCUCAGUGUUAGAACCAGGUGACUUGGUUUGAGGAAGGCAGUUUUUAGCAGCCACAUCAGGCACCAAAGCUGAAGUUUCGAGUGAUGUGAGUACAACUAGAAGAGGCUUGGUAAAUCAUCACUCAGGGUUUCCAAUGAAGGGACUCAAGCAGCAUGAUUCACCUGAUAGUCCCCCUCUCAGUAUUCCCAAUGUACUUUUCUGAGAAUACAUUCAUUUUCUUUGUCUAAAUGAAAGAGUUCUCUAAAAUCUAUCUUUCAUAAUGUUCAUUUUCUCCAAGACUCCCAUUGUGUCCUCUGCAGUACCUGAAUUUGUCCUCUACAUCUGCCACUUCAUAGCUGUGUGACCUUGCACCAAUUACUUGACCUCUCUGUGCCUCCGUUUCCUUAUAUAGUAUCUUUUUUUUUUUUUUGGUCUGGCUAUUGAGUGUGAAAACUGAUAAACAUCUUUUACUAUUGUGAUUAUGUAACUGUUAUUUGUUUUAAUACCAUUGUAUCAUGAUUGGUCAACAGAAAAUAAUAGAAUUCUUUUUUCUUUUUUAAUAGAAUUUUAUAUCACUAAAUCUAAAAACAAAAGAAAAGAAAGAUAAAAAUAGUCCUUACUGGAUAGGGUUUUGUGAGAAUUAGAGUUCAAACAUGGAAAACUCUUGGAAAACUGCCUAGAAGUAGUAUGGACUCAAUAAAUUUUGGCUAUCAUCAUUAUCAUCAUUAUUAUCUUCCACUACUUGAGACUAGAGAAGUUAAAUCCAAGAUACAUUUUAAAAACGGGUUCAUAAUCUGCUAGUUUCUCCCAUUUCACUGAAACAGAAAAUCCUCUGGUUACAAGCUUUCUGGUGGGUUGUAUUCUAGGAACAGAAGAAGUAGGAAUGAAAGGUCAUAAUGUCAGACUUGGGUUCUCUCCCACAUGACCUUCUGAAAACAAGAGACUCCUGAACUGGAAAGGAGAAAUGUGCUCUUCCAAUCUCCCAAGACUCUCUCUCUCAGAUCAGAAACAGCACCCAUACACAGAGACCUGUCAGUCCUUCAUCUUUUCUUAUCUCCAGCCCUCACCCUGUGAUGUGUGGGGAUGGCAAUACAUCUCCUUGCUGAGCUCAGAAUCACACUUUCUCCAGAACUGCUCCUUUCAAGUUUAAUGUUUCCAGUGCAAAGAGGUCCAGACUUUCUUCACUUCCAAGAGGCUGUGCUCAGGGCUGUAGGCAAAUAAGACCAAUGAAGACACCUACUUUGGCAGGGAGUGAAUUCCACCUGAACUGAGUAAUUUGCAUGAGCCCUUAGGGUCAGUGGGACAAAGUCCCUGAUGAGACUGGAGGACAUAGGCCUGGCCAAGGUGGGCUGAGCUAUCAUGCAGCAUGUGUCUUGGAGGGCACAGAACUCAAAGUGAAGUGUGCUAAUGGAGUGUAGACAGCCUGAAAAGAGAGAAUUUCACCUUUCAAAAAAGCAUAAAUGGGAGAGGGGAAAAGGCAGUAAUUAUACAGUGCAGAAAUCAAGCAAUAUCUUAAUGAGGUGAUCAAAAUUAGCAUCUUCAUUAAAAAGCAGAUGGACAAUGUGUGGCUUUGGAGGAGCACGACAUCAUCUACACAGUACUCAGGCCAGGAAUACAACCCUAACUGGGCAAACACAAAAUGAGAAAUACUCUAUUGUUUAAAAGAAAGGGGAGUUGAGACACAAAUAACUUGCACAUCAAGGAAAUUUAAAACGUGUUUCAAAGGAUGUAAUCAAGAAAGUAAGAAGGCAAAACAUAGCACGGGGAAAUUUUGCAAAUAAUUUACCUGACGAAGGACUUGUAGCUAGAAUAUAUAAAAGCUCUUACAAUUCAAUAAUUAAAAGACAAAUAACUCAAAAUUAUCUGAAGAAGUAUUUUUCUAAAGAAGAAAAAUGGCCAAUAAGCACAUGAAAAAGAUGUUCGACAUCAUUAGCCAUUAGGGAAAUGUAAAUGUAAAUGUAAAUCAAAGCCACAAUGAGACACCAUUUUUUAAAUACCCAUUAGGUUGGCUAUAAUCAGAGACAGACAAAUGUUGGUGAGGGUGUGGAGACACCGGAAUGCUCAUACACUGACAGUAAGGAUGUAGAAUGGUAUAGCCAUUCUGGAAGACAGUCUGUUAGUUUCUCGACAGAUUAAACAUAGAAUUACCCUAUGCUGUGCUUAGCCCCUCAGUCAUGUCCAACUGUUUGCGACCCCGUGGACUGUAGCCCGCCAGGCUUCUCUGUCCAUGGGGAUUCUCCAGGCAAGAAUACUGGAGUGGGUUGCCGUGCCCUUCCCAUCCCCAAACCAGAGAUCUAACCAAGGUCUCUCAUAUUGCAGGCAGAUUCUUUACUGUCUGAGCCACUAGGGAAGCCCAAGAAUACUGGAGUGGGUAGCCUAUCCCUUCUCCAGGGGAUCUUCCUGACCCAGGAAUCAAACCAGGGUCCCCUGCACUGCAGGCAGAUUCUUUACCAGUUGAGCUACCAGGGAAGCCCAGAAUUACCAUAUGACCCAGCAAUUCCACUCCAAGAAAUGAAAACGUGUGUCCAUAUAAAAACUUGCACACAAAAGUUCACAGCAACAUUAGUCACGAUAGUCAAAUGAGGAAACAACUCAAAUGUUCAUUAUCUGAUGAAUAGAUAAAGAAACUGUGAUAGUAUCCUUACAAUGGAGCAGUAUUGCCAUAAAAAUAAAUGAACUACUGAUGCAUGCUACAGCAUAGAUGAAACUUGAAACUGGUAAGUGAAAGCAGCCAGUCACAAAGGGUCAUAUAUUGUGUUGUAGUUAUAUGAAGUGUCCAGAAUAAGUAAAUCCAUAGAGACAGAACCUGUAGAUGACAGGUUGCCUAGGGCUGGAGAGGUUGGGAGGAAAUGAGGAAUGACUGCUAAUAGGCACAUAGUUCCUUUGGGAUGAUGAGUAUGUUCUAAAAUUGAAUGUAAUGAUGGUUUCCCAGCUCUGUGAAUACAUUAAAAAACAUCGAAUCAUACACUUUAAGUGGUACACUGUAUGGUAUAUGAUUAAUGUCUCUAGAAGACAGUUAUUUAAUUAAAAAAAUGGAGGACUGUAUUCUUCAAAAAUGUCAGUGUCAUAAAAGACAAAGAAAAUUGUGGACAUGUUCCAGAUUAAAGGAGGCUAAAGAGACAUGACAAGUUCAACCCCUGACCCUAGCCUGGAUCCUGUACUAGAGGAGUAUGUCAAAAAGAACAUUAUUAGGUCAAUUGAAAAAACUGAAAUAUGAACAUUAAUAAAUAAAAUUAUUGUACCAAUGAAAAUGUAUGAGGUUUGUAUUUGUACUGUGUUAUACAUGAGAAAAAUCCCUAUUCCUAGGAAAUACAUAAUGAAAUCUUAGUGGUAAAGGGUCAUAAUGGAUGUAACUUUCCUUCAAAUAGUUCGGAAAAAUUUUUUUGCUUGAGUGUGUGUUUGUAUGUGUGUGGGCAUGUGUAUGGAUAUAACCAAUGGAGUAAAAUGUUAAUGAUCUGGUUAAAAGAUAUACAGGUGUUCUUUGUAUUGUUUUUAUUUUUGCAAGGUUUGGUUAAAUUUGAAAUUGUUUCCAAAUAAAAACUUAAAAAAAAAAAAUCACAAGGACUUAUCUUCCCCAG